UAUUUGAUGAAUAAAGUAAAGCGCUCCCGACAGUGAAAAGGCGAAAUUGUUAAAUAUAAAAUUGUUAAAUUGUAAAGUAUAGCGACAAAAAAUCAGCAUUAUAUCAGCGUCCCGCAUCUUAAUAUAUGCAUAUUACAAUCACGUGAACUUGUCGGCCAUUAAAAUAUAUAAUUCCGACAGACACGGAGACACGAGCAAGCGAAAGUUGAAAGGCAGCAAAGCAAAGGUGACAACGCAAGCAAGACGAAAAAAAGAAAACCAACGACGUAUACGUUUAAUUUCGAUAAAAUUAAGUUUUCGAAACCGACGCCGCUAUCGAUAUGUCAUGCCGCGCAUCCUUCCAACCCGAAGACGAGUAUGAGCAACUACGUCGACCGAAUCCCGGGGGCAAUGCCGCCGCCACUGGCUUGGCCCAUGCCGCCGCCAUCCCUUUAGACCAACAGGCGCACUUGUUCAACGAUUAUGGAGGAGCUGCGGGCUAUACUCAGAGUGAGUACGCUCCUGGUCAAGCAGUUGGUUAUGCACAGGCCCAGGCCCAGGCCCAGGCUUUAUCUGAGCUGGCCAGCGGUUUUGACGGCUCAUCGAAACUUUCGGCGGCCGCCACAGUUUUUAUACCGAGGACAGUCGCGCCCCAAUCGCGACAUCAGCAAUAUCAGCAGCACCAGCCUGGAGGAACAGCGCCUUACGGGCAGCAGCAGCAGCAGCAGCAGCAGCACCGCUAUGUCAAUGGCUACAAGCAUCAUCAUCAGCACCAGCAGCACCACCAUCAGCAGCAGCAGCAGCACUACAACAACCAUCAUCACCACCAGCAUCAGCAGAAGUUUAAGAAUGAUAUGCAAAAUCUACCGAAUUCUCUCCAAAGCCGACUGAACGUAUCCAAUCAGCAGUCCUCAAACAAUGGAUCGAUGGGGGGCAAUUUCUAUCAGCAGCAGGUACAGCAGCAACUGUCACACCAACAGAACACACAACAUCAACACGGGAAAUUCCAACGUUACGCUCAUUUAAAUAAUUCAUUCCAACAAAUCGCACAGCAGCCGCACCAUCAGCAGCAGCAGCAGCAGUAUUUCCAAAAUCAACAGCAGCAGCAGCAGCAGCCACAAGCCUCUACUUCGUCCGCAGCUGCCUCGUCCUCGUCGUCGUCGAACGCGUCGCAGCCGGACAUGGCUACCAUUGCAUUGGAGUAUCUCGAUACAGUGAUACAUUGCCUUAACCAGAAUCCGGGCCAAUUUGAUACAAUCGCAUCACGUUUUCUAACCAUUUUCGACGGCAUGGAGAACAACCACUACGUACUCUCGAUCGCCAUGGAGGAUAUAUUCGAGAAAUCCAUCGAGCAGCCGAACUUCCGAUACAUGGGAGCCAAGCUGUACAAUUUGCUGCACAUGCUGAACCCCAAACCAGACUCGCUGUUCCACACUCUACUCAAAUGCAAGCUCGACUACCACCAGGAGGAAGUGUCGAAGUAUAUGACAUCGGGGGAGCAGCAAAAAGUGCGCGAGACUGCGCUCUUCCUAGCCGAGCUCUACAUGCAGCUCCGCGGGGAUGACGACGCCCGUAUCCAACUCAUUGCCGUUAACAUUGUGUACUCUCUGACCAAGCUCCUGGCCUGUGAAAGUGCCGAAAACGUGCGCUGCAUUUGCCAGACCCUGAAGCUGGCCGGCUACGACCUCACCGCCGACUGCCCAAAAGACAUGCUGAAUAUAAUCACAGCCCUGAAAGAGAUUGAACUGAAGACCAACGGCAAGUACGCAAUGGCCGCCAGCGUCAUUGCCUUGCAGCAGAACAACUGGGGCCGCAAGGUCUCCAACGCCCUCGGUGGCGAGGAGGAUACUGUGGCAGAGCCACCGCGCCUCAGCGAUGAGCCCGUUUUCUACGGCCCCGAUGGCCAUGAGCUGACUGCCGAGGAGACGGACUUUCUCGCUGCCGAGGACGAUGCCAAUGGCAGUGAAGGCGACGAAUUCGAUGUACGAGACGGCGACCUGGAUCUCGAUCCCGAAAUGGACGAGGAAACCGAGCGCGCGUACAAGGACUUCUGCAAGCAGGGUCAGCAGCAGGCGCAGGCCAAGGGCCAGUCCAAUCGCAAAACUUAGACGGGUAUCUGUGUAGUUUAGUGGCGUGGCAGCUAGGUAUAGUACUCGUACAUGUGUAUGCACGAACACCAGGAAGCGUAUGUACAAAGCAUUUUUAACACAUUUCUCGGUUGUAGGAUGAUCGAUAAUUUCAGUUGCAUGGUUCAGAACCAAUUGUGAUUAUCUUUUAAAUUAUUUGAUAGCAAAUUGUUUGUGAUAUAUUUCGUUUCAUGCGCCACUAUGACAUGUUUAUAACCAUUUUUUUCUAACCAUAUUUUUGUGAUACGCUUCAUUUGUAUCUGUAUGUCGCCACAUGGUCGGCCCUCCCAAACCACCCCCGACCCAAUCAUUUUUGGUUUGUUCUUUUUUUUUUUUUUAUUUGUGUUUAUUUGCAAGGAAAACAUAAAUUGAAUUUAAUUAAAUUGCUAAAAACAAAACCACGAUAAAACCACUGCCACGCCGCUGCAACAAAACACACACUAGCUGCACUCAAAGACUCAUACAUAUGUACACCCACACUUACAUAGCAUAUGUGCAGACUUAUAACGGCGGAACAAAACAAAAACGAAACGAAACGAAACAAAUGCAAAAAAAAAACAAAAUAAUUUCACAUUCAAUUAAAUCAACAUUCUCUUGAUCAUAGAAAUCGAAAUGCAGCAGCAGCCACGUCUAAUUUUUAAAUAAUUGUAAUUAAUAUUAAUGAACCCAUGAUUUAAUUAUAAAUAAAAAUUAUCGAAUUGCGUUUAAAACAAAAA